GUGUUCGCGCGAGGACGCGCGCCGACGAGCCGACAGACGGCUCGAGAGGACGACGCGAUCUGCACGCGCGGCCGCGAUCUUCCCUCCUCCCGUGCGCGCGACCGGGGUUUGUUUGCGACCGUCGUCGUAAAUGGUGCCGGGGGUUACCGCGACACCGAGACGUUUCCGUCCACCUGCGAGACAGGUGGGAACAACGGCGAAUCUCGGCGUCCCUCUCACUUCGCCGAUCUGCAUGAAGGGCACCAGAUAGGGCCUCGCAAGGAUGAGGAGGUUCGACCAUGACGACCAUGUCGCGCGGCAGGGCCCGCCGCCCUUCCGGGUGCUGGCCGACACCGCUUAUCUAUCGCCGGCGAUCCCUGCACCACCGCCGCCGCGCGCCCCCGAGCCCUAUAAGCUCGCCCCGUCGACGACAUCCUUCGGUAGGGCACAUCGACGUUCCAGCUUCGUGAUACUCGCCGAGUCCAGGCCGGCGAGUCCAGAACCCACCAAUGCGUCGCCCACCUUGCCUACAGGGAGAGUCUCGCCCUUCCGCGGACGUGGCUUCAAGGGACCACCCCCUCACUCAAUGUCGAGGCCGCAAUCGCCGGAAGUCACCGGGGAGGGACGUCGGCGUAGACUCGAACGAAGAGUCUCGGUGUCGCAGCAAAACAGCCCGAGACGGAGCCUGAUACCGCAACCUACGUACCGGCAACGGUCCGUCUCCUUGACGAAGGCCAACGAGCGCUUGUCAUCGCCAAAGAUCGGUCGCCGGGUCGACUCGAAGACGCGUCUGAACGUCUCGGGCUCGCGGGGUCGGUUGAACGCAGCCGAUUCUAAAUCGCGGUUGAACGACUCCAGAACGCGCCUGAACAAAUCCGAUUCCCGAAGUCGCGUGAACCUCGCCGAGCCCAGGACGCGUUUCAUCUCCAAUUCCACCGGCAACCUCAGCAGCAACCGGACGCCGACGCGUCGUCAGCCGACGACGAGGGCGUCGACGCGCCUCUCGCCGAUUCAAGGCACCCCGACGAAACCGGAAAAGACGAACGUGAGGGGCGAGCGCGCGAAGGACUCGUUGAGAACGUCUCCCACAAAGACGCCGAGGACGACACCGCGGAAGAACGUUGUCAUCGCUAACCAGAAGGACAAUCAUCAGGAUAGGUCCCCCAGCAAGGAACGUAGCGUCUCAUCGUCGAAGAUUCCCCUGAAGAAGAACAAGGCCAAUGGCGUCUCGCUCGCGUCGUCGAACAGUGGUAGAUUCAUCUCGAUGCCUGAGCAAAAUUCGGAGAAGCCCAGAAGGGCGAUCCUAGCCACGAAGAACGAGAAUGGACAGUCCAGCCAAUCCAUUCAGAACGGUCGAUCGCCCGACCCGGACUCGAGGGAGAACGGGGUAGACGGAAGCUCUGGCAAGGUGGACGAAGUGCACCUGAUGGACUUGCUGAAGCAGACCUCGCACGCGUCCGGCACGUCCAGCGAGCGUCUGGUGAACACCACGACGACCACGGCGGUGCAGCCGCUGCACAUUGACGCGAAUACGCUGCUCGUCGAGCGUAACGAGACCGUCGCAGCAGGGAAUCAGCAGAGGGAACGGCACGAUGGCACGUCCUCCAAGUCCUCCAUUUCUCCAACACCUAAAGACGAGUCGUCAGCGGUCGUUUCUUCGGCGCAGAAUGCGGGCCAGAAGUCCACACCGCUUGAGCAUCAAACGGCCAAAUCGAGUAAUCCUGAAAAUGACAAGAAGGACUCGCCGGUGGGUGCGGAGGGCGGCACCAGAGAACACUCAAAGACCAGCAGUUUCGGUCAAGCGGCGAGGAACGUGGUCAGAAUGAACGGCGAGAGUUCAGUGCGUUUCGCCGUCAAUCAGUCUUCCGCCAAUCUGCGUGUCGGCAGAAACGGUAACACGGCCCGGGUCAGACCGAGCGACGCGAGGCCUCCGGACGAGUCGGAGGCGAGCUCGAUGACCUCGGAGGUGAAGAGAGCAGGUGGCAAGGUGGUCGCGGGCGAUCGGGAGGUUCCGGCGAGCGACAAGAUGCCGAUGAUGACGGAGAACAAGUCGGAGAUGACCAGAACGACGAUGGCCGAAGACGAGACGAGGACGAACGCGGAGGCGAUGACGAACAACCGGAUGGCGAACAACGCGACGACGAUGACGAUAAAGAGCAACAGCCCCGCGAGCUCCGCGAUCGGUGCAGUGAACGCGAGUGUGAACGCGAGUGGUAUGCACGUGAGGAACGCGAACCGCGGCAGCGACGCAUCCCUCAAGUCGUCCACCGGGGUGUCCACGGACUCCAUCGAGAGCGUGAGGUCGACGGACACCGGGGUGAGCGUGAACACGGUCAGGGGUGUCUCGUCGCCGAGGGAGAAGACGGGCGUGCACGUGGUGAAGCGCCAAGAGAUCGAGACGCUCAGCGGCAACAUCGUCCACAUCGAGCAGAACGGGGAGCCCGCGGUCCUAGCCUCUGGCACCGAGAAACAACGCGAGGGUGAGAAGCUGUUGGAACGCUGGGGUAGAUCUCUGAGACAUUACUGCAGGUGUUGCUCCGGCAUGAGAUGCCUGGCGUGUCGCAGGGAUCCCAAGGGUUUCCUGUGGGCCAGGAAUCAGGGAAGAAUCAUCAACGACAGCUCGCCGCCUGUUGCAGCGACCAUGCUCGACGCACCACCGCCCGCGACGAAUGCGUCGUCCUGCUGGUCGAAGCUGAAGACGCGAUGCAGAUGCACCCGACUGCGAGAGAUCAAGUGCUGCACGAGGAAAUCCCGGGUCGCGCCUGCCGAGUCUACCGCUGCGUGCUGUCCGCCGGAGAGAAGAUUCGGCGCGAUUUGCCGUCGCAUGUUCGCCUGUUGCAGCUGCAAACGCCCAGACACGCAACAACAACGCACAAGAAACAUACGUGCCAAGCACAGUCUUACGAGCGUAGCACCGCCACCCUUGUCGGAGGAACCGAAGACCAAGAUACCGGACGUCCUAGUGGAGCACAAUUCCGUUAUGCGUGGCGCCAUUCCUUGCCUGCCGGUGCCUCUCGCCUGGUUCUGCCUAAUUUGGAACGUCCUACUACCCGGCACCGGAACCGUUUGGAGCGGCCUGUUCAACCUGUGCACCGGACAGCCGAGAUUUUCCGCCUCCGCUGGGAUGAAGUCACGGCUGGGCGCUUUCAUCGUCAAUCUCGUCGUUGGUGUGGGCCAAUUGUUCACCGUUCUGUUCUGCCUCGUUGGAUGGGGCUGGAGCAUCUGGUGGGGCAUCACCAUGGUCCGCCUGGCCAGGAAGUACAAGCGGUUCAAGGUCUCGGAAGCCGCCAGCAACGAUCCCGAGGCUAGAGGAAGCGGCGAACCGGCCGGCCUGCCCCCCGCCGGGGCGCCGAGUCAGGCCCUACGGGGGAUGGAAAGGGCGCGAUGAUGCAUUCUUGAUGAAGAGGAGAGCACAAUCAUUCCCCCAUUACCUGAGAAUAUUUUGUAUCUUGUCCGGCGGAUCUUCUGCGCCGAGUUUGAUAUCGAUCGUCUCGCGCUGAAGACCGUUCGUGCGAACGAGACCGUAUCGUUGGCGCGAUCUGAAUAUCUUGUACAAACGGUCAUGUAUUUGUGUGCAGACUAUAACUGUAAGAUAUUUCCAAGUCGAUGAAGACUUUUUCCUCCGUCGCGACGGCAGGCUCGAAGAGCAACUAAAAUUAUUUUCGGCGCGAUAACACGCUAAGCCGCGCGCAGAAAAUUCGAGAAGCUUACGGCGAGAUCGCGAGAAACGCUGUAAAUUAUUGAGGCGAUCAAAGUGCUCUUUCUCCCUGUGCCUUUUCCCUCGCGUCAUUCAUUUCUCAUCGUCCCCAAGAGGGACUUUUGUCGUAGCAUUGAUAGAACCUGUAAAUAUAAGCUAAGAAUUUUUCGUAUAAAGAUUUUCCCUCACGUUGCUUAGCGUGUCACCGCGCCGACAUCCUCGAAUCAGCGAGGAACUUUCCUCAAAAGGAAACAUCGCCGAGAUUUUCAUGCAGGGUGUCUAUAAAGUCUCUGCUCUGCUCCUUUCGAACUCAAAAUUGUAUAUCGUAAAAUUCUCGAGGAUUAAUCGACAAUCCGUCAAAAAUAUUUCCAAUUUGCGAAUUACAAUUAUUACGACAAAAAUACUGUCAAGGUAGAAAAAAUAUAUAUAGAGUUUCUUCGUCAAACUAAAUAAUAAAAAGAAAAUUUUGAGAAUUUCGAGUUUUACAACACAAUCUCGUUGCAAACAUCAAUUUCGUCAACUGUAUCUGCGGUAUCUUGCAAAAUUGCGAUGAACGCUUGUCUAAAAGAGAAGAGAGACUUUGCGAGCGCCCUGUAUUUUUCUACGCAAAACAAACUUUCGUUCUCGUCCGCGAAAGGUUCAAUUUUUGUAAAGACGGUGCUUGCACGCGCCCAACUCGUAGCCUAUCCGUAUCCGAAGACAUCCUUGAAGAUUAAUCGCUUUCAGUGAAAGCAUGGAAACCGAGGCGUUCUUUCAAAAUGUACUCGUUGCAUCGAUUUACAAAGAGCGACCACUACGUCGGUAUUGAUUUGCAAUUCUCUUCUAAAAGAACGCACAUUAGACUUCUAUAUGACGAUUAAAAUCGAUUGGCACGAGAAUUACCGCGAUCUUCGAAGAUUGCAGUCUUAAUAUAUGACGUGACUUAAAUCGAUGGGACAAGUACGUUUUGAAAAAACGCGCUUUAUAUUUUUACAAGCGCAACAUACACAUACGUACGAGUACACAACUCUAUCUGGUUAAACUUAUAUUUACGAUUCUUGUAAAUAUGAAAAUAUAUUACUUACAUCAAUUUUUAAUGUAAUCUCUGCUUCUGAAUAUUCUUGUGUGUUCUCCCGUCUUCUUCCUGUCCACAAUUGCGACUGCCUCUCGUACACGAGUCUUUCGUGCAUAUUAUAAUUAAACUAACACGUUUUACUUAAAUUGUGAAGAUGUUCGUCAACCGACAAAUUAUGUUAAAAACAAUUGUGUUUCUUCAUAUCUUCCCUACGUUUUUAGUAUAAAUAUAAUUUUAAUAUUGAUAUUUCUGUUAAUUUUUCCGGAUAUGUCGUUCGAAUAAGACGUUCACAUUCGCCGAGACGAAAUGUUAACAUGGAUUUGCAGUUUUUUACGUGUAAAGAUGAAAAUAGCAGAAAAGAACGUUCCUGUGACAAGAUAAAAGACAGCAAAUGAUUAAAUUUACAUUUUUUCUGUUUUUUUUUGUAUUAUUUGAAAUAAACUUUUCAGCCAUUUCUAAUUCUUUUUCGAAAGGAAUGUAAAACGUUACUGAGACGAAAUAUGUUUAUAAUGCCAAAAAUAUACACGCGUGAUACUAUCUGAGCAUUACACGCAGUAAUUGAAAAAUGUUCCAGUUAGAAUAAUAUAAUGCAUAAAAAAGAAUUAAUAAAGUUUAUCUGGCACGAUACAUCGUCAUUCGCCGUCUUUUAGCGUAUCAUCACGGAAUAUUGUAAGAUGCUGCGAAAUAUUUUCAGAAACGUGCGCAUGCUCGUGAAGUAGAGAAGGAAAAUCUAGCGAAACUACUACCCCUAAGCAUGCAAAUCGAUCGCAUGCCCAAGCAGCUCUAUUCCAAGCGGACUCAUUAUCAAGAUCUCGUUAUUUUUGCUUUUGUCGAAGGCCUCGCGAGGGCCGAGUAGCGUUCGCUUUAUUUCCGUGUGGUUUCGAUGCAUAUUUCGAUUAUGCGUAUGAAGAUGUGGUCCGCGCGAUCUGUGCAGAUGAUCGAGAUCUUUGAUCUCGAUAUAUUAUACAUGUAAGCGAACAGAUCGACUUCCUCUCAUCCGCGAGUCCCUUGGCCGUUUCAUUGAUCCUCUCAUUAACCGGUUUUCCCUCGAUCAAACGUUAUACUUGUCACACCUUACGGCGAUGAAAGAUUUUUAUUAUACCUUCCGUGUGCACGAACGUGACAUCAUAAAGGCAAAGCGAUCCGCGUUGAAAGUAAGUAUGGCAUCAAACCGCGAAUAAGAAGAAAAAAAACGACAGAGCGCGACAGAUCGCGUUGCAUCAUCGAACCGCGCUGUUGUGUUGUGCCCCAUUUUUUAUAAAUAUUCUCACGAGGGUCGGAAAUACAUGGGCCCUUUGGGGAUAUGCAUCGCUCUUUUUCUUUUUUCGAUACCUCGCACGCGAUGAUCAAUUUUCAGGAUGACCGAGCCGCGCUGUGUACGUUUUGCAUUCGUCGAGGGUGUAUCGCUGUUAAAUAUAGAUUUCAAGCUAGAACGGCGUGUAGGGGUGCGUGUGUACGAGUGUAGUGAUCCAUGAUCUCGGUCGCGAUAUCGCGCAAAAUCCGCGGUCCGCGCGUUUCAUGAAAAUUGCGCGGAGCGAUCGAGCGGAGCCGGAGGAGCGCAGGUUACCAUCCCUAAACUUCCUCCCUCAUCCCUCGCGGCUUUGUACGCGCGCAGUGAUAUACGCGCGCGCUUUAUCGGCCGCAAUUUAUCGCGGCUACGUUGCAUAAACCCUCGCGCUCGUUUUAUGCAUCCUUCCCAAAGCGAGAGGCACCAAGGGUACCGGCGGAUCUUAAUCGCGCUCGGCCUCUUUUGUUAUUCCGCGCGCGGUCAAACGGACCGAUUGCAAUCGCGCGCCGCAAUCGGGCGAAUCCAAAAGAAAGAAGAGAUCCGUCAUCCCGAUUGAAUUUGUUGAACUAGCGUCCGCCGAGAAAUAUCGCGCGGGUGUUCGUGACAAGCUCAGAUCGAGCGAGAAUCUUUCCUCCAGAGAGGAUUUUGCGAAAUAUUAUGUAAUACAACAGCUAACGGACACGGAAGACAGGGUACACUCUGGAGAAUAAUUACUGGAGAAGGGAAUAAUUAUUGUGUAUCUGGUAUCACGUUGCUAUUUAAAAAUGGAAAGACAUAACGCUCAACAAUCGCGUGGAUUUUAGUAAGAGGAAUUCUUCCCGACCCAGGGAAAAGAAAUUGUGCAAGAUGACGGCAAGAUGUCGGCAAAAUGAUAACGAUAACGAAAAAGCGCAAAAUGUCCCAUACGUUGCUGCUGAUCGUCACGAUGUUUCCUCCUUCUGAUUGGUCGGCUGCCGUGUGACAUUCGCCAUGAUUCCACAAGUUUAUUGUAACUGAAGUUUAAUUCUUUAAUGGACAAUUUACACAGCGUCUCAUUUCAACUUAAUAUGACUACCACUUGAACAACGCAGGAACAUAGCGAAUGUCACAUGGUAGCCGACCAUCAGAGGGAGGAAACACCGUAACGAUCUGCAGCAAGUAUUGGGCCAUUUUGCGUUUUUUCGUCAUCGUCAUCUUCCUCUCAUUUUGCCAUCAUCUUACACAAUUUCUUUUCAUUGGAGAAUAUAAAAUAUCAUGAUAAAAUCGUGAUUCCAGAGAAAAGAAUCGCAAGAAAGACCGUACGCGUGCAGGAUUUGGGGGGAGGGGUGGUGGUUAAACCCUGCAGAGAAUUGGGUUGUAUGGGGACGUUACAUGUGUCAGUGAAAAAUAGGGUGGUCUCGCGUGUAAACGUUGUUAAACGGUACACGAGGGAGGUAAAAUGUGUGUUGCAGGCAUGCAUGCACCACCGAUUUCUCGAAACGCGAGAGAACGUCGCACAUGCGAGAGCGAGGGGUGUGUGAUCGUCCCCGAUAAGGGUUUCACAAUGUAUAUACGAAUUAUUUUGUUGAGUGAUACGAGGUGUAAUUGUAUGUCACCCUGCAUAUCACGUAGGUCGACUGCCGAGCUGCCUGGCGAACUAUCGCGAUCGUACGAUCGCCAUCGCAAGAUGUAUCUCUGAGUAGGUAUAUAGUAUAAGUUGAGAAGAGAGGAUGAACGAGAUUGGAGGGUGAAUCGAAUUAAAAUAGAAAGCUCGAAUUCAGGAUGACGUAAACGGGCUGAGCGUGAACUGCUUCGGUGACCGACGUAGUCAGCGGAGCAAAUCGGAGCCUGUUGGGGCAAAAAGAUGAGCAAGUUUUUCUUUAAGUCUUAAUGCGAUUCACCCGCCGAACUUAUUCACCUACUCCACUGAUAUCUCGGAAUUGGCGCAACCAUCGUCAAUUUUAUUUCACGUUCUAGUUUACAUGGAAUUUGUUUCUGCAGAAUUUCACUCCAGAAUUUGAAGAGUUUUAUGUCGAGUAUCAAGAAGUUAUGAAAAAAUAUGCAUUUCGUUUAUAGAAAUAUCCAAUAUUGUACUUUAAAAAAUUGGAGCGUAAAGAAACAAUCGAGUUUAAUUAAAAUUUCAUGAAAAAGAUUCUCUGCAAAUUAGGCAAAAACAUUCCGUGAAAGAAAUAUGCGUAAUUCUUUAAUAAAGUCUCUCAAAUAUUUUGUAAUAAUAAACAUGAUAAUCAUUUCUGCCUUUUUAUAAAAACGUAAGUCUUUCUUAGAUUUAUCCAUACUCUCGAACUUGAAUCGACUUAUCAUCAAAAGUCGCCUGUAAUGAGAUUACUGGCUAAUUAAUCGUUUACAUCUUGUACUUAAAAGAGACGUGUAAUCAAGAUGAAAUUGUUUUUAAGAUCGGUUGCUCCGCUUCCGAGUUAUCGAUAGUUAUGCAUAGUAUAUAUGGUGUGGGUGUCAAUGAAUCGAGUCGCUGACGCUGCAUUGAGUAGUAUAUGUUUUAAUGAUGUGACUCCAUAAUAUGUUAAUAUGCACAGGUAAAUAUUCUUGUCAUUAUAAUCGACGUGUUACAGUGUGUAAUGUGAUACGAUAGUAGUAGUAGUAGUAGUAGUAGUAGUAGUAGUAUAGUAGUAGUAGUAGUAGUAGUAGUUUAUAGUAACCACCUUGCUUCCUUCCCUUCUCUUUCUCUCGUAUAAUUAAGAACUUAAAAAUAAUUCUAAAGGAUAAAGCUACAUCACUAUCGGCUAGCGACUAUUUAGCGAUAAUAAUAGCCUACCAUGUCUUUUACUAGCGGCGCUCAAUGAGUGUGUAUAUCGCGUUUAUCGUUCCUUCUCUCUCCCACCUUUACUCUUUUCCUGCCUUUUCACUACCAAGUAUCUCGUUUCCCUAGCCGUGACCUCCUGCGAGUCUGUCGCUCUCAUCAACCCUAGAAGUACCAAGCUUACGUAAAAAUCGUGGAAGGAGACCGAAGGGGCUUUGCAUUCUACCAUGUUUUAGGGCUCAGCCCGCAUCAGAAAUGUAGCUUCAACACUUUGAGAUUAAUUCUUGCGGUUCUUACGACCGCGGUUGCGGCUCAAAGCUCUCGAGAUCCGGGACAUCUCGCUUUUAUAAUCACAAAGGGCAGAGCGAAAGGCAUGUUCCCUUGACAGUGCCACGCGAGGAAAGGGAGCUUGGCAUUUCUGAGAUUAAUGUUGCCGACUCACGCUCGCUGCUUCGCCUUUGCUUCGACCGCUCGAAAUGCGUCCCCGGUUGCAGCAAUUUUACCGCGCGAACGAACCGUCCGAGAAGAGAUUUCGCCUUUCAUCCUGCGUAUCGCGCGGAUCACGCAGGAAUCCAAUCGGAAUCUUGCCGAAUUGAGCCAUCAAGCGCGGAAGGGUGCUGCAACGACCCUCAAAGACUUGAAUGCGCCGAAUUAACUAUUUUACGCUGAAUUACACACCGAAUUUCAAAAUGCUAAACAACUUCGUCGAGCCAAGCGCGAUUAUACGUGGUGGAUCGAUCAAAUCCACCCAAGCAGUUUAUUAUUAUCCCAUCAGAGGGACAAUCAGCUUCACGCGAGUGUGCGUUGUCGCAGGAUGAAAGAUCGCGUGACACAAGAAUGUGCGAGUGCAUCGACGCGCAAGAGAGAUCGCGAGUGAUCCAUCCCCGCGGAUCUCGCGAAGCGGAUUCCGGCGAGAAGCGGCGUGGCCGUCGGCGUCAGCGUUUCUCUCGCGAGCGGAGAGCUUGAAGCGGAUGAUGAUUCUUGGCUGCGUCUCUAGACACACAUACAGGCGUCCCACAUACUUCCUACAGCGUGUACACCAGUGUAAGUCACAUAAGAGUAAGUGAGAGGAGUCUCCCUCAUAUUCGUAGAUGUAUAAUAUACGUUUAUAUAAUUCUAAAUGUGUAUAUAUAUAUAUAUGUAUAAUAUAUAUAAAUAUAUGGAUGUGCAUGGGUUGUGAUAGUGGUGGUGAUGGUGGUGGUAGUGGUGCUGAUGGUGGUAGUGGUGGUUUUGUGGCUGUGCUGUUGUGUUCAGUGUGUGACGGUAUAAUAUAUUUUGUGUAUAUAUAUAUAUAUAUCUAUAUCUAUAUCUAUAUCGUAUAUAAUUUGUUGUGUGCGAGCAGAGUUCCGAGUUUCGCAAAGCUCGUGUACAUGCGAUUGCGCGAGUAGUCGUUCGGUCUUUCCUCGGUUUUCAUCCCUUUGUCUCCUCGCUCUUCUAUUUCGUUUCCUGUUUGGCGGCGAGCGAUCUCGCCGAGAGAGGCGAGGCACGUCCGCAUUUUUGCGUCGACGUACCUCCCUCUCUCUCUCUCUCUCCUCUUCUGCCUACACUUCUAUAAUGCUAAUUCCGCUGAAUCGCCCGGCCAUUUCUCCUCAUUUCCGCGAGACGUGUAUUCCGUCACGCGAGGAUAAGUCACGCCUCCGGAAGCCUCCUUCUCGUGAAACAAUGUGGAUAGCCAGCAGCAAGUCGGAUUGAAAUUACGUGCCUUCGGAUCGUUGAUCCGAAAUUAGAAAUUGAAAUUAAUUUCCAGAUUUAAUUUCCAGAAAAAUUUCCCCGGUGACUUGGGAGAUUUGUCAAGUACGCGUGUGAAAAUACUGGAAACGGGCCAUGCAGCACAGAAGCUUGCAGCAACAUUGCAAACUUGUCUGCUGUAUUUCUGGGUAAUUUCCGCGGCAUCAUCAAAUCUAGAUACGCCAUGCAUCUCGUACAUUUCCAAGAUGACCAAUUUCAAUCCGAUUCAUUCGAGUUCCGGCAUGCAGGCCUCAUCCCCACGUGCAUGUGCACGCUCUCAUUCUCUCCCUCUUUCUCUCUCUCUCUCUCCCUCUCUCCCACAAAGAUAACAACCGUAUGAAUGGAGCUAGUUUUAUAUCUCGAUGCGCAAACAUAAGCAGAGAUCGCACACCCACGUUGUCCGAUCGCGCAAAAGAAUAAAAAAGCUUUUAUUAGACUGCUGGUUCGAAGGGGGGAUCGAAAUCCGGGGUGAGAGGAGGGGCAAGCAGGUUGCAACGGUUGCAACGCCGACCACCUCCCCUACCCCGGAAAAUCGCGCUUGGAUCCGGUCGAUAGGGUUAACAAUUCCAGAACUAGAUUUCAAUAUUUUAUAUUUCAUGUUCAGUUUUUUUUUUCUUUUUCUAUAUGUAUUCUCAUAUAGAAUCUGUAGAUAUACAUUCUUGGCAAAUCCGAAAAAAACUGAUUCCAAAAUAGGAACAGAUCAUUGUGCGAACUAUGUAUACAGGGUGCAAUUUGUGAGAAAACACACGUGUGUCGUGUCGUGUUCUGCUCGAUACUGUACAUGUCUCUUUUCUGUACAUCCUUGCUCUUUUUUUGUCUUUUUAUUAUCUCUGCACUCUUCGUGUUGCCAGAAUUUGCCUUUCCUCUCUUUUUUUCUCUCUCUCCUUCUUGUGUUGUCAUUUCUUUCGUUUUCUAUCGUUUCUUUCAUCUGAACGGUGGUACAUUUGAUAGGGUGCACAGGGCUGCUAGGCACAGAUAAUUGACUCGCAAAUAACUCUUCAAACAACAUUAGAGCGUACGACAUACAGUAGUAAUAUACACAUUAUAUCAUUAUAUUUAUUUCUUUUUUUUGUUGCUUUCGCUUUUGGGAGUAACCACAUUUCUUGGAGCGUGUCUACGCGCGCGUGUGUGUGUGUCGUGGCGGGUGUACGUGUCUCUCGUCAAUUUUCGCGUACAACCGUGAUAUCGACCGAUGCAGGAUGCUCCGCCACGCUUCGAAAUUUCGUCCCUUCUGUUUUCUCGCCACCCUUCGACGACGGUCAAUAUGCACACGGUCGGACUUCAAGUGAGUUAAAGGUUUCACCUAAAGUAAUUCUCUCUUUUACUUCCUAGACACGAUUGAUCAGCGUACCGAUAAAGCGAUAUUUACAGAGAUCCCGGAGCGUCCCUCGCCUCAAAGAAUUCCUCAAACGUGUACAUAAAGGGAGCGAUAAAGGGGGCGAGAGCCCUCUCGUGAUACAUUUACACGGAGUAGGCGAGCGUGGCCGAGCAGGAAAGAAAUUCGAAUACGUGAUAAGAGCAUGUCCAUCAGCCGCUAUUAUUGCACGUCAUUGUAGCGCGUGUGUGUCCUCCGAUGUGAAUAGAUCGUUUUACUCGACGUUGCUUACGAUAUGUACAGCGCGCUGCGGCACGACAGGCUAUUAUGGAUGGUCAAUGCUUGAUUGACACGGUCAGCCUCGAAAUUAUGGCCCGUACGGAGGAGAAUGACGACACACACUCCUUGAAUGACCAAACAGAUCGGAAUCACGGCUGCAGGGAGCGACGCGAGUUUACUCCUAGCUCGGUUUACUCGCGAUCGCCUUUCAAUGUUCAAUUCGAA